GGAAGGUCCUCUGCAGGUCCCCUUUCCGCUCUGCCGAUCGACUUCCGCCUCGGGCAGUCAACAUGUACGUUGCGGCUGUCUGGCGAAGCUGCUUCUGAGCGUUUGCGGAGGCGCAGCUUCCCCUCUGCGGGGCCGCCCUGCUUCCCCCCUCCCCGCCUCCCCCCGCCCCUCGCUCCCGUCCCUGGGGUCGGCGGACUUCUCGCUACAUGGGGGCGGGCUUCCGCGGUCGGCGCACGGCUUCCUGUUCUGAGGCGGCCCGGUGGUAGGCGGUGGCGACUCUGCCCGCUCCCGUUUCGGCGCGGUGACCGAGCGCCCGGGAGGCUCGAGGACCGCAUCGUGUGCCGUUGCGCCAAGCCCGGUCCUGCGCCGCCAUGGCCCCAGUGCAGCUGGAGAACCACCAGCUGGUCCCGCCCGGAGGCGGCGGCGGGGGCAGCGGCGGACCCCCGUCAGCCCCAGCCCCUCCUCCCCCGGGAGCCGCCGUGGCGGCGGCCGCUGCAGCUGCGGCUAGCCCGGGCUACCGGCUGAGCACCCUCAUUGAAUUUCUGCUGCACCGGGCCUACUCGGAGCUUAUGGUGUUGACGGACCUACUGCCAAGGAAAUCUGAUGUGGAAAGGAAAAUAGAAAUAGUGCAGUUUGCUAGCCGGACACGCCAACUCUUCGUUCGAUUAUUAGCUUUAGUGAAAUGGGCUAAUAAUGCUGGCAAAGUGGAAAAAUGUGCGAUGAUUUCAAGCUUUUUAGAUCAGCAAGCCAUCCUGUUUGUGGACACUGCUGAUCGCCUGGCCUCGUUAGCUAGAGAUGCUCUGGUCCAUGCACGCCUGCCUAGUUUUGCCAUCCCAUAUGCUAUUGAUGUACUGACUACCGGAUCUUACCCACGGCUGCCAACCUGCAUUAGGGAUAAAAUUAUUCCUCCAGACCCAAUUACCAAAAUUGAAAAACAAGCCACACUCCAUCAGCUGAAUCAGAUUCUUAGACAUCGGCUUGUAACCACAGAUCUUCCUCCUCAGUUAGCAAAUCUUACAGUUGCAAAUGGCCGGGUGAAGUUUCGUGUUGAAGGAGAAUUUGAAGCCACCUUGACUGUGAUGGGAGAUGACCCUGAUGUUCCAUGGCGUCUUCUCAAGCUAGAAAUUCUAGUUGAGGAUAAGGAAACAGGAGAUGGGCGAGCUUUGGUUCAUAGCAUGCAAAUCAGCUUCAUCCAUCAGCUGGUGCAGUCUAGGCUCUUUGCUGAUGAGAAACCUCUUCAGGAUAUGUACAACUGCCUACAUUCUUUCUGUUUAUCACUUCAGUUAGAAGUGUUACAUUCCCAAACUCUAAUGUUAAUCCGAGAACGGUGGGGAGACCUUGUGCAGGUGGAAAGGUACCAUGCUGGAAAGUGCCUCUCCCUCUCAGUUUGGAAUCAACAGGUUCUUGGGAGAAAAACUGGAACAGCAUCUGUUCACAAAGUUACAAUUAAAAUUGAUGAGAAUGAUGUCUCCAAGCCUUUACAGAUUUUUCAUGAUCCUCCUUUGCCAGCUUCUGAUUCCAAAUUAGUAGAAAGAGCCAUGAAGAUCGACCACUUAUCAAUAGAAAAACUCCUGAUUGACAGUGUCCAUGCAAGAGCUCAUCAGAAGCUCCAAGAACUGAAGGCCAUUCUUAGAGGCUUCAAUGCCAAUGAAAACUCUUCCAUAGAGACUGCACUCCCAGCUCUCGUUGUUCCCAUCUUGGAGCCCUGUGGUAAUUCAGAGUGUCUGCACAUUUUUGUAGAUUUGCAUUCUGGAAUGUUUCAAUUGAUGCUUUAUGGACUUGACCAGGCCACUCUGGAUGACAUGGAGAAGUCUGUGAAUGAUGAUAUGAAACGAAUCAUACCCUGGAUUCAGCAACUUAAGUUUUGGCUUGGACAACAGCGUUGCAAGCAGUCUAUAAAACAUCUGCCUACGAUAAGCAGUGAAACAUUGCAGCUUUCCAAUUACUCAACUCAUCCUAUUGGAAACCUUUCUAAGAAUAAACUGUUCAUUAAACUUACCCGCCUUCCACAAUACUACAUUGUUGUGGAGAUGUUGGAGGUUCCCAAUAAACCCACACAACUGUCGUACAAGUACUACUUUAUGUCUGUGAAUGCUGCAGAUCGUGAAGACAGCCCUGCAAUGGCAUUGCUGCUGCAGCAGUUCAAGGAAAACAUCCAGGACUUGGUUUUUCGUACAAAAACCGGGAAACAGACCAGAACCAAUGCCAAGCGCAAGUUGUCUGAUGAUCCAUGUCCAGUAGAAUCCAAGAAAACGAAACGAGCAGGAGAAAUGUGUGCCUUCAAUAAAGUUUUAGCUCACUUCGUCGCUAUGUGUGAUACAAAUAUGCCAUUUGUAGGACUUCGGCUGGAGUUGUCCAAUCUGGAGAUUCCACAUCAAGGAGUGCAAGUGGAAGGUGAUGGCUUCAGCCAUGCAAUUCGCUUAUUAAAAAUUCCUCCCUGUAAGGGUAUAAGUGAGGAAACCCAAAAGGCUCUGGACCGCUCUCUUCUUGAUUGCACUUUCCGAUUACAAGGUAGAAAUAACCGCACUUGGGUAGCAGAGUUAGUGUUUGCAAAUUGUCCACUUAAUGGCACUUCUACCAGGGAGCAAGGACCAUCCCGGCACGUUUACCUGACAUAUGAAAAUCUGUUGUCUGAGCCUGUUGGUGGUAGAAAAGUGGUUGAAAUGUUUCUUAAUGACUGGAAUAGCAUUGCACGAUUAUAUGAGUGUGUGUUGGAAUUUGCACGUUCUCUACCAGACAUACCUGCUCAUCUAAAUAUUUUCUCAGAAGUUCGUGUUUAUAAUUACCGAAAACUUAUCUUGUGUUAUGGAACCACCAAGGGAAGCUCAAUUAGUAUCCAAUGGAAUUCAAUCCAUCAAAAAUUCCACAUUUCUUUGGGAACUGUUGGCCCAAACUCAGGUUGUAGUAACUGUCACAAUACCAUUCUCCAUCAGCUUCAAGAAAUGUUCAACAAAACACCAAAUGUGGUUCAGUUAUUACAGGUACUGUUUGAUACUCAGGCUCCAUUAAAUGCCAUCAACAAACUCCCCACUGUGCCGAUGUUGGGCUUGACCCAGAGAACCAACACUGCCUACCAGUGCUUCUCCAUUCUGCCACAGUCGUCCACCCACAUCAGACUGGCCUUCAGGAACAUGUAUUGCAUUGAUAUAUACUGCCGGAGUCGAGGUGUUGUGGCAAUACGGGAUGGUGCCUAUAGUCUUUUUGAUAACAGCAAACUAGUUGAAGGUUUCUAUCCUGCACCAGGACUAAAGACGUUCCUGAAUAUGUUUGUUGACAGCAAUCAGGAUGCUAGAAGAAGGUCUGUAAAUGAGGACGAUAAUCCCCCUUCUCCUAUAGGAGGAGAUAUGAUGGAUUCUUUAAUAUCGCAGCUCCAGCCACCACCCCAGCAACAGCCGUUUCCAAAGCAACCAGGAACAUCAGGUGCUUAUCCUCUUACUUCACCCCCUACAUCUUAUCAUAGCACAGUCAAUCAGUCUCCCUCUAUGAUGCACACACAGUCUCCAGUCUGUCCCACAGCAGCUAGAGUGAUCCUUCAGGGACAGAAGUUCGUCCAUGAUUUCCGCUCCAAACUCUGCAUUGGAUUCCCACUCAUUCAGGGAAAUCUGCAUGCUGCCAGCUCCCCCAGUGGGGCUUUGAGAGCCCCAUCACCAGCGUCAUUUGUUCCAACUCCUCCCCCAUCCUCGCAUGGAAUCUCAAUAGGACCAGGGGCCAGUUUUGCUAGUCCACAUGGAACUCUUGACCCUAGUUCCCCGUACACUAUGGUGUCACCAAGUGGACGAGCAGGGAACUGGCCAGGAUCUCCUCAAGUGUCCGGCCCCUCACCAGCAGCACGCAUGCCUGGAAUGUCACCAGCCAACCCCUCACUACAUUCUCCAGUUCCAGAUGCUUCUCAUUCCCCUCGAGCUGGAACAAGUUCUCAGACAAUGCCAACAAACAUGCCUCCACCUCGUAAACUACCUCAGCGCUCUUGGGCGGCAUCCAUACCUACCAUCCUCACUCACAGUGCCUUGAACAUUUUACUGCUGCCCUCUCCAACUCCGGGCCUUGUGCCCGGCCUGGCAGGUAGUUACCUUUGUUCUCCACUUGAGAGAUUCCUUGGAUCAGUCAUCAUGAGACGACAUCUUCAAAGAAUUAUUCAACAAGAAACGCUGCAGCUGAUAAAUUCUAAUGAACCCGGAGUGAUCAUGUUUAAGACUGAUGCACUGAAAUGCAGAGUAGCCCUUAGUCCCAAAACCAACCAAACGCUUCAGCUAAAAGUGACACCUGAAAAUGCAGGACAGUGGAAACCUGAUGAACUUCAAGUUUUGGAGAAAUUCUUUGAAACAAGAGUUGCAGGACCACCAUUUAAAGCUAAUACGUUAAUAGCCUUCACCAAGCUAUUAGGAGCUCCUACACACAUCCUCAGGGAUUGUGUGCACAUUAUGAAGCUGGAGCUGUUCCCUGACCAGGCAACACAGCUAAAAUGGAAUGUUCAGUUUUGCCUGACGAUCCCUCCCAGCGCGCCGCCAAUUGCACCUCCUGGUACGCCUGCUGUGGUGCUGAAAUCCAAAAUGCUAUUUUUUCUUCAACUAACUCAGAAAACAUCGGUCCCUCCCCAAGAACCUGUUAGUAUUAUAGUUCCAAUCAUUUAUGACAUGGCUUCAGGUACAACCCAGCAGGCAGACAUUCCCAGACAGCAGAACUCUUCUGUUGCUGCUCCCAUGAUGGUCAGCAACAUUCUGAAGAGGUUUGCAGAGAUGAAUCCACCACGACAAGGUGAAUGCACAAUAUUUGCAGCUGUUCGUGAUUUAAUGGCUAAUCUUACACUGCCCCCUGGUGGGCGUCCAUAGACACUAUUGUUUUUAAACCAGGAAGGCUGACAGAUGAGACAACAAAACAAAUCUGAAUUCAGCCUUCAGUUUAAAAAAGGAAAAGGACUUUUUUUUUAAACUUUAAGAGCUAAAUAUUCUAAACUGGCAAAAAUUUUCAGGGUGCACUUCUUUCAUCAAAAUGAUCAUCCAUCUUUUGUAUAAUGAACUUGUAUAGUGUGUUUAAAUGGGACACAUUUCAAAGGAAAUAAAACAGUGUCCGUUUGCCAGUAAUAAAUUUAAUAUUCUGUUUUAUACUAUAAAGUUAUGAAAAUGCCAAACUUGUUUAUUUAAUUGUUUUCUUAUGUUUUGGGUGUAAUAGUCCUUUUUUGGUUUUUGUUUUGUUUUUUAAGGCAGGUCUGUCAUUUUUGAAUACUGUAAAACUGUGAUAAACUUUAUAUUGAAGCUGUAUUUUAAUAUGACCGCUUUGAAUCCUUACAGGAAAUGUUCUGGGAGUUGUUAUAAACACACCCCAAGGAAGCAAUAUUUAAUAAAACUAGGUCAAAAACAAAACAAAACAGUGACACUCACUUGUGUGUAUAUAAACUCUAGAGACAUCUUAGGGCCUCCCUUCAUCUUUAACCUGGUGGAUGGAGCCAGUUAUUAAUUUAUAAUAUGUGUCUGAAAUUUGACCAAAAACAUCUUCUUUAUGUCAAGGUUAAUAUAUUUUCUUCAGACAUUCCUAACUUGACUAGUGGUUAACAUUUAACACCUCGGUUGUCUUUCAAUAUAUAGGAUUUGGGUGAAAAAUAAGGAACUUAGUCUUUGAGAAGGGACAGUAUGUGGUUCAUAUUGAUCAAGGAUCCCAAAUAAUGCAAUCAUUCUCAUCUGUUGAGGAUGUGGGAACUUUUCUGUCAGGAAAAUUUAGUUUACAGAAUACUUCUGCAUACAACAUUAAUUAGGAAACAAAGAACUUUAAUGCUGUACCUCUGCAUGAAGUUUCUGUGAGCUUUCUUUAUCUUGCUUAACUUAUUCUCCUUGCCUUCCCCACCAAAAUUGGGAUUGUUCUAAACAAUUUCAAUUUAAUUCAUUGUCAACAAAACGAUAGAAUGUUUUGCUUGGAAGAAACCUGGUCCAUUCCCCUCAUUUUGAAGAAUCCCGAAUCCUGGGCCUGUCCAGGGUCAAAUGGAGUUUUUGGUAUUAAUACAUCUCUGCAGGGUUUCUUUUUGGAGCACUGUGCUGUCUUUCCUAGUCAGUCAGGGACUUUUUUAAGCUUCAAAGAACAUGAUCUGAUGCAAAGGUCUUCUACCGACUUCAUGGUAUUUAGGAAAAAUUUUUAAAUGAGAAUACCAUGCCGAGUUAUCUGGACACUGUAAUACUGGUUCUCCAUUAAAAUGUAGAUGCUUUGUCUAAUUCCACUUCAAGAUGAUUUAAUUGAGCUUCUAUAACUAUCAACUAUCAAAUUCUAGUUUCAAGUAUCUCACUGCACCUAUAUCAUAUCUGUUCUCAACUUUGCUUGAUUCUCCACUCAUUUUCAAUCAGACUUGAGGCCUUCUUUGCCUUUCUUCUUUGUCUUAUUUCUGCCUUCAUCUCCCACUUCUCACUCAACUCUGCCACUGUUCAGGAGCAGUUGACUAAACUUUUAUCUUUCGUUUAACUUAACCUUUUUAUCCUUCUGUUUUUAGUUCUUACAGUGGUAAUCACAUCAGUUUGGCAAUCUAAGAUGUCUUUAUCAAGGGUCAGCCCUUUUCUAUUUGGAGCUGAAUCUUUUCUUUCAUGUAGAAAUCUACAUGUAUAUACAGGAAAUGUAUUUUUAUCUGCAGGAUAAUAUUGUUUCAAAUAAUUUUAUUAAGAGUUAACUUUUUAGGUAUUUUCCCUUUUAAUGUGGUUUUGAAAUGUUAAUUGCAUUUUUACACAUGAUGCAUUCAGUGGACACUCUUUUUUCCUAAUUAUAACUCAUCUCUGAAUGCAUUGUGCCAAUCAAGAGUAAGAUAGGAUUCAGUGCACAAAAUUUGCUUUUGAUGCUUAUUAAGAGUAAACCCAUGAAUUUGAAUUUUUAUAUUAUGCUUGGUACUUGGAAUUGAUAUAUACCUUAUUAAAGCUUGAAAACAUUUAGCAUUUGAAUAGUAAGUUUCAUCACAAAUCAUGUCUUUUGCCUCUUUUGUUACCCAGGUUCAAUCAAAGGGACUGGAUGCCCAAAUGAUUUUUCUCUAAUAAUCGGGUUGGGAUUUAACUUUAAGGUGUUUUCAAUGUGAUUUUAGUAUUUACAGUAAUAAAUAAAAUUUAUACAAAGUUUCAGAGAA